AUGAAGUCAGACAACCAACAACCCCCUUCCAUCGAGCCCACCUCAAAUACAACAACCAUAACAACUACCCACUCCUCCAACCCUUUCACCAAGUUCGCAGCAUGGGGCAUCGCCGUACUAGGCCCCAUUGCUCUCUUCCUUCCCGGGCGUGGCGGUGCGACCAAGUCGACCUUCCAGAAUGCCAUUCUCGCCGGCUCCACUUUCUGGGGCUACAACACUCUUGCGGCAGAGUACACGGGUAAGAGCAUCACACAGCGCUCAUCAGAACGGUGGCGCUCGCUGCUGGGGCUUCCCGAAAAGAAGCCUGAGGAGGAGAAGCGCAAAAAGGGCGGUGUGUUUGCAGAUCUGCCGACAGAGCGUGCCGCGCAGGUAAAGAUGUUACUUGAGGAGGAGAGGCGCAGACGGGCGGCGGCUGAAGGGCGGGAGUAUAAGCCGAAGGAUACGAGGGGGUUUUUGGAGAGGGUGUGGAUGGGUAAUGAGGAGGAAGGGUGGAAGGAGAAGAGGUUGGAAGAGGAGAGGAAAGCUUUGGAGAGUGGGAAAGGGUAUGGGGAUUUGAUAAUCGAACAGGUGAAGGAGGUGUUUGGGAAAAGGGAUAACGGGAAGAAGGAGUGA